AUGGAUCAAGCCAAAGAAGAACCAAAGUCUUACAGAGACCAGCAAAGAUUAGCGGCUCUUCGCGCUUCGAUUGCAAAUCUAGAGGCCAAGCAUGCGCAACUUGAAAAGGACCUAGCUGCAUUGCAUGAUCUGCUCAUUGACAAUCCUGAUGCCACGUGCAACCGAUAUGUCAAGCUCUUGCAUGAAUACAAUGAUAUCAAGGAUGUUGGGCAGGGAUUGAUGGGGAUCCUUGCUGAGGCGAGGGGGGUGAGGCAGGUGGAUGUGGAGAAGGAGUUUGGGGUUGCGGAAGAGGAUUGA